AAAGGCCUGUUUUGUCGCAGUUUGAUGACGAAACGUUUCGGUUGUAAACAUGGAGGAGAGAGAAGCACUGAAGAGACAAAUUCAACUUCUACAAAACCUCAUCGAUAACCAUAAGAGUGUCCAUGGCGACACCCCGUUUGCAAGAGAUGAGCAGCGGCAUCCGGAACCGGCGGCGGCGGCAUCCAGGGGCAGAGGUCGCAGCACAUCUGUCGUCCAUCCUCACAGCUCCAGAGGAGGACUGUAUGCUCCUCGCGGCCGUGGGAGUUGGAGGGAAACGUACUCGCUGAGCAACAAGAAGCCCCACCAAUCUAUUGGACAUGUCUCAGCUUCUGCUUCCUCUGCUGUACACCCGUCCAGUUCCCACAGUGUAUCCCACAGCCAAGGAGAGGAGAGGCAAAGAAUCAGAGCUGCCGUCUUAUCGUCCGGAAUCCCUCAGGGGCAGCAUGCUAACAGUAGCAGAGCGGGAGGAGCAGCUGAGAAAACAAACACGGAUACUCUUGGAAAACUAGGAUCCGCUGUGUCUCUGCAGGGAGAGGCAAGAUCCACAGGCACGAGUGAGCAACGUGAAACGACUGAUCUGCAGGCGAGGACCGACUGCAGACGUGUCCCACCCGAAAAGAAAGAAAUGCCGUCCUCUUCCAACGCCUCGACUGGUUUGCAGGGAAUCCCUCAAGCAAAUACCGAACCUACCACGACAUGCGAAUCCAGCACCGAGACUAAACCAACGAUCACUAAGACAACUCCAGCGGCUCCUAAUGCUAACACCCUAGCAACCCUCGCUGCUCCGCCUAACUUAUCCAAACAUUCAAUCGACCUCGCAUCUGGCACCAGCCGUAGCGAUGUCUCUUUUUUGAAGAAAUCUAAAUUCACGUGGGUGAAGAGCCAGAACGUAAGAGGAGUGGGGCCCAAACAAAGCGGCCACGGUUCCUCGCCCACAGGCAAAGCUGUGACUGUUGCCCUAACGUCAGUCCCCAAAGCUGGAGUUGCCAGUGGAAGCUCCCCCUUUUUGACAGGGAAGAGAACGCCUGGCAAGAAGGUCCACCGAAAGCCCGGCCCGCUCAAUUCAACCCCCAAGACCUCCAAGUACACAUGGGUCUCCAUCUCUGCUGGAGCCCAAGGUAGAGUACCUCGAAAGUCAAUAUCGCCCAAAGCUCUGACUCUCUCCCAAAGGGCCCUGGAGAAGAUAGAGGUUACCAAGAAACUCCGAGCAGAAGAUAAGACGAAAAAGGGAGUCGGGGGUUCGUCUGCCAACUCCCCGCCGAUAAGCCGCUACCGCUGGAAGGCCGGUGGACAGAGCACCUCUGGGGCAGCGAUGGGAGGGGCAACAGGGGCCCGACGACGGUCUGCCUUCCACUGGACAUCAGAAAAGAGCAACAAAGGAGCGAAAGGAGGGCAUGCUGUCUCCCCCUCCGUAGCCCAACGUCCCCAGCGUCCCCACCUUAUGCCGUCCUCCUCCCCGUCUGGGUUCAAGCUCCGCAGCAGGAUGAAAAUCAUUAGGAAGUCUGCUCCCGGCGUGAGUGGGUCAGAGAUGAAGUACUCGCCGCGCGGCCGGACGCACAGCUCGAGCAGGAGUCCCGUUGUAGUGAGGAGGAGCCCCUGCAGGGAGCUCGUGUCUUUUGGACGACACAAGUUGAGGCGGCUCUCCCCCAUCUCAUCGAGGACAAGUCCCGCCUCCUCGUCCCACCGUAGCCCCGCCUCUCAGCGGGUGUACAGGACACGCUACAAGAUGGUGACCCGCCCGGGCUCCAGCGCCGCACACACCUUCCCCUACAACCCCGCCCUCUCUUGGAGGGCCAAGAGGAUCCAGUCCGCCAGGUGUUUCCUCCAGAGCCGCAUGCGAGCGCCUCACGAACGACACCCGGCAUCCACGCAGCACUGGAGAGGAAGCAGCAUGUGCUGGAUCCGGGGUUCCCUGUACCGCGUGUCGGCCAACAAGCUGUCGCGCACCGCGGCGUCCAGCAUGUCCAUCAACCGAACAGGAAAGUCUUUCAGCACCUCCCAUGUCUCCUCCCUGAGUCCUGCUUCCAACCGGCCCUUCAGUCCUCGUCAUUUAGCCAGCCGGGCAGUCCAGCGCAGCCUCGCCAUAAUCCGACACGCUCAUCAGAAGAAGCAGCAGAAGCAGUACUGCAUGUACUACAACCGCUUCGGCAAGUGUAACCGUGGCAACAGCUGUCCCUACAUCCAUGACCCGGACAAGGUCGCCGUCUGCACCAGAUUUCUGCGAGGGACGUGCCAUCAGGCCGACGGGACCUGCCCCUUUUCCCACAAAGUGGCGAAGGAGAAGAUGCCGGUGUGUUCCUACUUCCUGAAGGGAACCUGUAACAACAGCGACUGUCCCUACAGUCACGUCUACGUGUCCCGCAAGGCUGAAGUAUGUCAGGACUUUGUCAAAGGCUACUGUCCCGAAGGAGAGAAGUGUAAGAAGAAACACACUCUGGUGUGUCAAGACUUCUCCAAGACGGGCUCCUGCCCGAGAGCGGCCCGCUGCAAGCUGCAGCACCGCCAGCAAGCCAAACGAAGCGCCAGCAGCGCCUCCACCACCCUGGCCAAGAGGGCCCGGGGCAAGGAGCCCGCUAAGAGGCCCCGCCUCUCUGUCGCCAUGCCGACGGGCUCUCAGGUAGCUCCGGGGACUCCGCCCAAAGGGCCUCUGGCUCUGCCAUCCUUCAUCUCCCUCUCCAGCUCGCCGGAGGAGGCAGACGCACCCGAACCACUGCCGGCUGAGAACUCACAGGUUAAAGAGAAAAGGCUGCAGAUCAAGCCUCGGCUGUGAGACCACAGAGAGCAGCAGCGGAGGUGAAAAGCUGCCAUGGAUGAAUUCUGUGCUCCAGGUUUGUCCUGACAGGGUCUCUCUGUGUCUCUUUCUCUCAAUUACCUUCACUCAGGGCACCAAAGAUUUAUUUUCUUUUAUCUAUACUCUACACAAAUGUUUUACAAAUCAAUCUGAAGUGUUAAAAGUAAAACACAUUCUCAUCAGGUUGUGUACAUUUUAAGAAAGACAAAUAAAGGAUUUAACUUUUAACCGUG